CUGGAGAAAACUAUAAAUCUGUCACCGGAAUUGCCAUCGUCGGCGCCAAUUCUGUCCGUGACGCUGAGCGAACGAGGCCACGGGACUCCACCUGGGAACCGUCGGGUGCAGAUGACCACAUCACGAAUGGACAAACCUGACAACGAGCUGCGGGAGACCCUUGAAGAUAGGGACCCCAACAAACUAAAUCAACACAUACAGAUAGUUUGGGACGACAUCAUCGGCGAGCCAGAGGGCGCCCGUAGUCCGGAGUGUGCGUGGCGUCUAAGUCACAUCUGCUUCAGACACGCGAGGAACCUCUGCUACACACUCCUGGCCGUGGUCGCCGCGCCGCCCUGCGCCUUCCUACUGGGAUGUGGGUUCGCCUGCUUGGCUUUUGAGUGUAUCCUGACGGUGUGUUGCAGAGCGGGAAGAAUGGGAGCCGCGACCUAUACUGUAGGGACCGGAGAGCUGCAAAUACUAGAAGAGAUAGUAGACCGUCCGCCGGACCACCAGCUGUUCCAAGCGUUGUUCCAGCAGACGGAGCCGGUCAGGGUGGUGGUGGACGGAAAGACUCAAGGAUCACUCAUCACUGUGAUCAAGAAACUGGUGCUCAGUGAGGAUAGUGAGGCUACGUGCAAAAUAGACGUGGUCUCCGCCAAGGAGUACAGUUUCGAGUCAUGUAAGCGUCGUAUAUUCUCCCUCUCGCUCCCUCACGAGCCUGCCAACUGUUCGGAUGAAGAGAGGACUCUGUUCAUCCGAACAGUGGUAGAUUUCACCCAGAGCCAGACGGUGCACGCUUUAGGUACUUUGCUACGGUACAUGGACCUGCAUUGGUCUAAUUGGAGCAUGAACCUUCAUGGGAGACCGGAGUACAUCAGCUUGAAGAGAAUCUCUUUAAAGGACAUCGUAUCUAUAGACGAGGACACAUACAAAGGUCUCCAGAUCUUCAGUUCCUUAUCUCACCCCAGCGGGUUCAGGAGAGGAGUUCGCGGGACAAACAAGGAGGGACUGAGUUUAUUUCAGUUGUUCAGCAAGUGUUCCUCUAAAGUGGGUCAUCGACGGAUGAGAGUCUUCUUGCGCCACCCGACUACAGACAUUAAUAUUUUAAAGAAACGCCAACAAGCCAUCGCCUUCUUCAUGAGACCACAGAGCGACUCUCUGUUCAGGAAUAUAUGCGCGUCUCUCAGAUACGUGAAAAACGUCAACGGUAUCCUCACUAAAAUAAAAGCGUUAUCAGCUAAACCGUAUCAGUGGAAAUCAUUAUACAACACUUUAUACCACGUGGUGCUUAUAUGCGAAAUGUGUGAAAACACCAAAAACGAAUAUCUGGGAGAAUUAGCGGCUUUUGACACGAACAAGCUGUAUGAGAUGGCGUUGUAUAUGAAUAGGAUCAUAGACUUCGACGCUUCCAAAACUGAAGGGAAAUUCACGGUGAAGGCUGGCGUGGACCCGGAGCUUGAUAUCAAGAAACAAACUAUGGCGAGUCUCCACGGACUGAUGACGGAGACGGCCAAGGUGGAGCUGGAGCGACUGCCGAGCUAUGUGGAGGAGUGUACCAUGAUGUACAUGCCGCACCUGGGCUACCUGCUGGGGGUGAGGGGCGAGGAGCUGGGGUCUGGAGACGAAAGGAAGGAGCUGCCAAACAUGAGUAUAGCUCAUGACAUGUGCGUAGAAUUAGACGUGGUUCUCGGCGACACGUACCCGGAGCUGGCCGCUCACGAGACACGCGUCAUGAUGAGGCUCACGAGCGUGCUCCUGGAACAUCUACACGCGCUAACAGACCUUGUGGACCGAUGUGCUGAGCUGGAUUGUAUUAUGACAAUAUCGAAGGUGUGCAAAGAAUACAGCUUCGUCCAGCCGUCUUUAACUGAGGAUAAGAGGCUGGUGAUACACGAAGGUCGGCACCCGCUGCUGCUGGCGGCCGGCGAGCAAGCGUUGCCCAACGACCUCAUCUGCUGCGAGACACGAGGAUAUAUCAAGAUCAUCAGCGGACCCAACGCUAGCGGGAAGUCCGUCUACAUCAGGCAGACUGGUCUGAUAGUGUACCUGGCGCACAUCGGAAGCUUCGUGCCCGCGGAGAGCGCCACCGUGGGCAUCGUGACUCACAUCUUCUCUCGGAUACAAUGUACGGAGAGUAUCGCCACGCACAUGUCCGCCUUCCUCAUAGACCUGCGGCAGAUGUCGCUAGCUGUCCGCACGUGUUCCAGCCGGUCGCUGGUCCUCGUGGAGGAGGCGGGCGCGGGCACGGCCGCCGCUGGAGGCCUGGCGCUGCAGGCCGCCGCGAUACACUCACUCACCACACACGCGCCCUACACACUGCUGGCUACACACAGCGACCUGCGACCAUACGUUAUAGACAGCACACGGGUCACAUUUAUGUACAUGGACUACGUGAUCCGAAACGGCGAGCCCGUGUUCCUCUAUAAGGCGGUGGAGGACGACGGAGGCCGGGGGGCGAAGGCCGAGGGCCUGGCGCUACAAGUGGCGGCCUCUAGCGGACUACCGACUGUGGUUCUGGAUAGGGCGAGAGACGUACUUGACGCUAUACGAACUAACUCGUUGCCGCAACCCAACAAGAAGUUAACGGAAAAACUGAAUAAAAUGACUGAAAUAAUAAAACACGAACUACAAGCGGAUGAUGUUUAA